GCGCCGGUCGGUUUCAGUGAUUUAGCAAAUUUAUGUGCUGUGUUAUUAAUAAUCAAAUCUUUGAAAAUUGUAUUUCCUUUAGGCCUCGAAUUACCUUCGGGUGCGGUGAAUAUGACGGAAAAAGAAUUGUAUAUAUAGGAAGGCCAUUCAUCUAAAACGCGAACACUCGCAGCAGACCUUUUGUUAGCUUUUUUUUCGGUUUGGCUGUAAUAGCAUAUCAAUGUUAGCCCCAGUGGAAAGCCCGUGUGGAACAGGCGGCGUGUCGCUCACAGGCACAGGCGCGGAGGAAUACCUGAUCUCACGGUCAAGCUGCUCAGACCCGUAUGAAUCAGAUGCAUGGCUACUCACGGCGAAAACACUCUUUCCGGGUAGUUUUUCGGUGCAAUUUGCUAUCUACGCGAUGUAUAAGGAAAGCCAACGCUACGCUGAAGCCGCCACUCAACUCACUGAUCUACUUGUCGCGUUUGGAAGAGAACCAGCUCUUUGGCCAGAGAUGCGAUUAAUUGCGGCCGGUGCUACUGCAGGUGUUCCGCUGCAGGAAGCGUUAAACAACGACUCCGCCAGUUCUGCUCAAUUUUCUGUUGCCAACUGCUCGUCUACGACCAGCGCUGCUUCGGCGAUCUUCGCCCAGCUCACGUCCCAGUCACAAUACGCUCUCUUACUAGCAGUUUGUGGACGUGCCACAGAUGUAGCCGACCGUUGCAAGUGCACGCUGCUCCUAUUGCGUCGAUUCCCAGACAGCAUCACGGAACAUGGUGCACCACUAAUUGAAGAGCUCUUGGCCACUCAACACGGCGGGCAACAAUCACUGAUUGCGACACAACUAAGGCGACUUCUGGUGUGUGACGUGCUACCAUUGGUUCUGCCCAGAUUGCAGUUGUCCGCGCUACUUGUUAUAGAGCUACUAGAACAUGGGAUCGUCUUUUACGUGCGAAAUAUGUAUACGGUGCAUGGCUCGAUGUUGAAACAGGGGCCAACCUCGACUGACGAUACCAAGGAGACUUGGGCACGAUUAUACGAGCUAUGUCAGCUUGUUGCAUCCAAGCUAAAUUGGAGCAUGGUUGAUCUUCUAGAAGGAUCGUCAGGUUUGUCGGAAGAGCAAUUAACUCGACUGAAGGCGGACGCGCCACAUAGUGGGGAUGUUGUUGAUCUUUCGAAACCUCGAAGUUCGGCUAAAGUAACUCCUCCGGAAGACAGGACGCAGAAGUUUUACAUAACAUUGGUAUUAUUCCUUCGAUCAGUUUAUUUUUAUGGGCGGUACACAAAUGCUUUGGAAAGUGACGAGUAUACGAUGCCAGGCUGCGUAUUGGUCGACUAUCGGGAGCCAAUUCUACAACCACCGAAGAAGAAAAAACUCGAAAAGCCGCCCGGCCAACUGUCAGCUAGUAAACUAUUGCCUGCAGACGUGGCUAUCCCGCUCAUCGCGCAUUUUCAAAUCGCUGUAAGAUGCUGGACUACGCUAACUAUUGCGUAUAAGGCAGAUUUCGAUCGAAUCUCGAAGCUCCUUGGACUGACUGAACAUUGGAAUUAUUUUCUGAACAUGUUCUUCAUUGAUGCUGCUGUUUAUCAGAACCGUCUAGAUGAAGCACUUCAGCUGGGUUGUAAGCUUCUUGGCGAAUUGGCGACCAGCUCAGAUUGGAUCAGUAGAGUAAAGGCAAAUCUUCAGAUGGCAAGCUGUCUUUUUGCUACUGGUGAUAGAGAGACGGCUUUUACGAGGCUAACCGAAACUUUGACUCUAUUCGCUUCCCAGUCGGAUGAUGGCAAAGAUCGGGCAAGCAGCUCAACGACGAAAACGACGUCUGCGACGACUUCUGAAACGAGUCAAAGCCUGUGUUUCGUUGUAUGCACUCGCGAUGAGGUUCUUCGCUUUUUCGUCAAAAUACUAAUGACAAUUCUGAAAGAACGUGUUGGGUCAGACCAAAGAGAUGAUUCGGCGCUAGGCAGCCUCAUUGUACUUAGCCAGGCAGAGUGGCCGAAGCAUGAAGCCCAACUACUUCAGCUAAUUGCAAAUAUUCGCCGUUUAAAGUCAUUUAGCUACCCGCUCUUUAUGAACUAUGUCGUCGUGCCCGACAUCCUUGAAGAAUUCGCGUUUCUCGCAUCAGACCAUCAACAGGAACUGCAGCUAGACCUUCUGCCAGCAACGCAGGGCGUCGGGUCGAGGUCGCGUACGGUGACUCGAGGCGUCAACAAAGGCGCCAAGGAAGAACUCCGUGCGGCUAUGGAGAAACAGAUGGGCCGAGCUAAUGAAGAUGUGAACCAGUUGAUCAUUGCAUUUCUGCUUAAUGAACGACACUUAGUGUCUCCGAAGGGUCGAUGAUAACAGAAAAAUUAGCAGAUAGCGGUCAGUAAAAAACAUGCUCGAUGUGGCCGAUGUUCAUAUGAAUGAAUAGAUCCCAAUUCAUCCGUUGUAUAUACAUAUACGAACCAAGAUAGUAUUUUGUUUGACUAAUUUCUUUUG